AUGCACCAUCAUCGUGGGAAUAGCAGCAAUAAUUCAACGAUAUCAUCAUCUGGUCAUGGAGUAUUUCUGGGAAGAGCAAGAGAAAAACGAGAUAAAUUAUUGAAAACAGGACAUCUUAAUCAACAACGAAAUGAAGCAUCUGGAGGAGGGCAAUCAAAUAAUCCUUCUCAAUCAGCAGAUGAAUUUCGUUGUUAUUAUCGUCAUCAUCAAAGUUCUCGUAGACAUAGUGUUGAUAAUACUCUAUCAUCAACAAGUUCAGUAGCUAGAACUAUUCCAAUAAUUGAACAUCCAAUACCACGUACCUCAAGCCAAACAAGUCUUAAUAUUCAUCGUGCAAGUCCUUGUCCAUCGGAUAUCUCAUUUUCUUACUCAAAUCCAAAGUAUUUUGUUCGAACAGCUAUACUUCGUCCUUCACCAGCAUUAGCAACUAAAACACCAUUAAAUUAUGAAAAUGUCAUCCAAUCUCCAUUAUUGGAAGACAAACAACUAUUAGGUAUUAAUCAUGAUGAAUCAACAUUUCGAUCACCAACACCGGGACCAGAUUUUUCUACUGUUCGUAGUGAUUCAGUAACACUUGAUGAAUUAAUCGAUCGAUUAACUCCAACGUCAACUAGUACGCCCGAAAUAACAUUUCUUUAUCCAGCACUUCUUUGUUGUCGAACACAUAUUAGUCCAUUACUAUUAUUUAAUAAGAUAGCAAAAUCUACUUUUAGUAAUUUGACACAUUGUACUCAGGAACAACGAACAAAUUUACUUCUUAAUUAUCUUUCAAUGUUAAUACAUUGGACAAAAACAUUUUCAUAUGAUUUUCGUACAUCACCAUUAAUGAAUCAACUUGAAUGUAUAACAAAUCAAAUUAUUAAAAUUGAUCCAAUGUUUGAACCAAAUGUUAAAUUACUUUUAUCUGAUAUUAUGGCAAAACUCAAUGUUCUUGAUCGAUAUGAACAAUAUUUACAAUUAAUUGACAAUGAAAUAGCUAAUCGUUUAACAACUUCUGCUUUAACAACUGACAUUUAUGAGCAAUGUCCAUGUCCAAAAGAAUUUGCACAUCAAUUGACACAUAUUGAAUUAGAUAGACUUAAAGCAAUUGGGGCAGAAGAAUUUAUUCAUAUGCGUUCAUCCGAUUCAUCAUCAGCGUCAGAUUCUCAUUCGACAAAAUCUUCUUCUUCAUCAUCAUUAUCAUCAAAUCCUUGGACAUAUUGUCUUGAAGCAUAUAUUAAUUGGAGUAAUCGUUUAUCAUCUUUUGUAACAACAGAAAUUAUUAAACAUUUAAAACGACAUAUUCGUGUUAAACUUCUUAAUUAUUUUAUUGAUGCAGCACUUGAAUGUUUUAAUACAGGCAAUUUUAAUUCAAUGAUGGGAAUUUUAGGUGGUCUUAAUAUGUUGCCUGUCAAACGUCUAAAGAAAACAUGGAGUAAAGCAAAUCGUGCAAAAUUGGAGACAUUAGAAAAAUAUAUGAAUCCAAGUAAAAAUUUUUGUAUUUAUCGUUCGAUUAUGAAAGCUGCAAUGCACAGAGCAGAAAAACAUAAUUGGCAACAGGGCAUGGUUAUUAUUCCAUUUUUAAGCAUUUUUUUACGUGAUGUUUAUUUUAUUAAAGUUCGUUCGCCUGAUUUAAUUAUGACAGAUGAUGGUCAAGAAGAACUUAAUCUUAAAAAAUUUUAUAUUCUAGCUCGAUUUAUUUCAGAAGAAUUUAUUCGAUGUAAAUCAAGCAAAUGUUCAUUUGCUCGUUAUGAAAGCAUUAUUAAUUAUGUAGUAACAAGUUCUGUAUUUAGUGAAGAUUCUUUAAUGGCAGCUAGUUUUGAAUGUGAACCACCUGAAACAGAACAUGAUCGUGAUCAACUUCGAUCUCUAAAAGCUAAAUUAGGUUUUUAA